CAAAGGCUGAAGCAGCUCCCUUUGCGGCAUUAUAACUAGUAGGCGAUCCUCACCGACUAUGGCCACAGCUGCCUCUAAUCCCUACAGCCUUCUCAGUUCUAGCUCCCUGGUCCAUGCGAACUCUUUCGGCAUGCAGCAGGGGAGUCCUUUUCGUAACACUCAGAAACUUCUCCAAAGUGAUUACUUGCAGGGAGUUCCCAGUAAUGCGCAUCCCCUCGGGCAUCACUGGGUGACUAGUCUGAGCGAUGGUAGCCCGUGGUCCUCCACACUGGCCACCAGCCCUAUGGAACAGCAGGACGUGAAGCCUGGGCGGGAAGACCUGCAGCUAGGUGCGAUCAUCCAUCACCGUUCACCACUUGUAGCCCAUCAUUCACCGCACACUAACCACCCCAAUGCCUGGGGAGCUAGCCCGGCUCCGAACUCGUCCAUCACGUCAAGCGGCCAACCCCUCAAUGUGUACUCGCAGCCAGGCUUUACGGUGAGCGGUAUGCUGGAGCAUGGGGAACUCUCUCCACCGCCGGCCGCCACAUCUGCACAGAGCCUGCAUCCGGUGCUCCGGGAGCCCCCUGACCAUAGCGAACUUAGAUCACACCACUGCCAGGACCACUCAGAUGAGGAGACACCAACUUCUGAUGAGUUAGAACAGUUCGCCAAGCAAUUCAAACAAAGAAGAAUCAAGUUGGGGUUCACACAAGCCGACGUGGGGUUGGCGUUGGGCACACUGUAUGGCAACGUGUUUUCGCAGACCACCAUCUGCAGGUUUGAGGCCUUGCAACUGAGCUUCAAGAACAUGUGCAAGCUGAAGCCCCUGCUGAACAAGUGGCUAGAGGAGGCAGAUUCGUCCACAGGGAGCCCGACCAGCAUUGACAAGAUCGCUGCUCAGGGCCGCAAGCGUAAGAAGCGAACCUCCAUCGAGGUGAGUGUCAAGGGUGUACUAGAGACUCAUUUUCUCAAGUGUCCGAAGCCUGCUGCACAGGAGAUUUCCUCGCUAGCAGAUAGUCUCCAGUUGGAGAAAGAAGUGGUACGCGUCUGGUUCUGUAAUCGACGACAAAAAGAGAAAAGAAUGACUCCACCAGGAGAUCAGCAGCUGCAUGAGAUUUAUUCGCACACAGUGAAAACAGACACGUCCUGCCAUGAUAUCUGACUGGAGGAGGCAAGGAGGCAGUCAGUCACACUGGAAGCAGGGCAGACUUUUCUUUCACUCUCACUCCCUCCCUUACACUCUAACAUUCUUUAUCGUUAUUUCUCUAGUGAGCUUUCUCUUUCACCCUCUCCAUCUCCCCCAUCCCUCUUUUCCUCUCUCUUUU